CCAGGUAACACACACACACACCUACUACGCCCAGGUGUCAGUACCCAAAGACCUGGUGGCUGUGAUGAGCGCAGUGCGAGACGGACAGGAAGUCGAUCCUCAGGACAAUAACCGCAUCCUCUACCGGUUCAAACAGCCGGUGCCCAUGCCUUCUUACCUGAUAGCCAUUGUGGUUGGAGCUUUGGAGAACAGGGAGAUCGGGCCGAGAUCCAGAGUUUGGUCCGAGAAAGAGUUUGUGGAUAAAGCAGCAUUUGAGUUCUCUGAGACUGAGACCAUGCUGAAGGUUGCUGAGGACCUGGUUGGGCCGUAUGUUUGGGGUCAGUACGACAUCCUGGUUCUUCCUCCUUCUUUCCCCUACGGAGGGAUGGAGAACCCCUGCCUGACCUUUGCUACACCCACCCUUCUGGCAGGAGACAAGUCUCUGUCCAAUGUGAUCGCUCAUGAGAUCUCACACAGCUGGACCGGGAACCUGGUGACCAACAAGACCUGGGAACACUUCUGGCUGAACGAGGGUCACACGGUCUACCUGGAAAGGAUGAUUGGCAGGUCUCUGGUCAGCGAGCAGUUCAGACAGUUCAAGGCCAUGGGGGGCUGGAAGGACCUGCAGGACUCGGUGAACACCUUUGGAGCCAACAACGUGCUGACCAACCUGGUCCCCAGCCUGCAGGACGUGGACCCAGAUGAAGCCUUCUCAUCGGUUCCCUACGAGAAGGGCUUUGCUUUGCUCUACCACCUGGAGGAGCUGAUGGGGGGGCCAGAGGUGUUCAUGGGCUUCGUGAGGUCAUACAUCCAGAUGUUUGCUUACGGCAGCGUGACCACAGACGAGUGGAAGAACCACUUGUUCUCCUACUUCAAAGACCAGGUGGACGUCCUGAACAAGGUAGACUGGAACGCCUGGAUGUUUACCCCCGGGAUGCCUCCAGUCAAACCUCAGUACGACACGACACUGGCUGACGCUUGCAUCGCUCUGAGCCAGAGGUGGGUCAAGGCCAAAGACCAGGACCUGAGCAGCUUUAAGGAGUCCGAUGUGAAGAUGCUAUCGUCCCACCAGCUCAUCGAGUUCUUGUCCCUCCUCCUUCAGGAUGAUCCUCUUUCUCUGACUCGCGUGAAGAAGAUGCAGGAGGUUUACAAUCUUAAUGCCAUCAUGAACUCUGAGAUCCGCUUCAGGUGGCUCCGGCUGUGUGUGCGGUCCCGGUGGGAGGAGGCGGUUCCCACGGCGCUGAAGAUGGCGACGGAGCAGGGCAGGAUGAAGUACACCAGGCCGCUCUUCAGAGAGGUAUUCAACUACGAGAAGUAUCGUGACGAAGCCGUUCGAGUGUUUGUGGCUCACAGAGCAGCGAUGCACCCGGUCACCGCCGCACUGGUGGCCAAAGACCUGCAGGUGGACGCCAGUAAGACCAGCAGCCUGUAACGAGUCUGCAUGAGACCAUCAGUCGAGCUCAUGAGUUCAAAGUUAAUAAAUCAGAAUGAAUAAAACAUCCAUUUCUUUCAUUAAAUCAUCAUCAUUUCCCAGCA